AUGGCCGAACCGUCGCCUAAGCGCCGCAGGACCUCCGCCGAACCCCCUGUCGUCACCGAGAAUGGUGAUUUCCGCCCGCGCAAUGCCCUACGAAGGACGCCUCCGCGCCGUGCGUCAUUUCUGUCUCCAACCAGAGCCAGCCUUGCCCGUUUCAACCCCGAGGUCCUGUCCAGACGCGCCUCCGCCGCCUCCGCAGCUCCUGAGCCCGACGAGCCGUCGCAGCCGCCCAGCCGUGGACAGCGGGCCCUAUCGUACGUGCUGGGGGAGAGCCAGCAGAACCCAGGCCUGCCGUCAGAAGGAAACAAUGCUGCUGCCGCACCACAGCAGGACGGUGGCGAUCAGCGCAGACGCUCGAUAGGUGGGCGUCUGCUGCCGACCAGAGACGUGCUUCAGGCCGCCGCCGCGGACCAAUUGGCGCAGGAAAGUGUGGCACAAGCGGAGGAUGACUUGCCCACAUAUCCGACAGGGUCACCUGCUGCGAGGCCGGACUUACCGCCGGAGCAGGCGCUUUUCUCCUCGCCGAGUAAGAAGGCGAGGAGGAACAAGUCCCUUGGCCAGCGCUUGUCGUCGCCGUUCAAACCGCGGGAGCUGCCUUUGAGGCCGGAACCUGCAGAGCAAGACCUGGAUGCUGGCGCAGGCAACAUGAGACUGGCGGAGAGACGACAAGUAGAAGAGUCCACACAGGGAGUGGAUUCCACCGCUUUCGAAAGUAGGCCACCGCCCGAUGUGCCAAAGGUGGAGGAUGAUUCGAAAGAGAAGCAGAAGCAGAAGGAUCGCCUUCAAAAGCAAUUGCAAGAGAUGCAGGAAGAAAUUAGACAGUACGAGCAGGAGAUUGAGCGCAACCGCACAGCUUCUGGAGAAGAUAGUGCCGAGGACAUGUCUGCCUUGGUCUCCCUCAUUACCAAGGCCAAUCCGCCCCCAUCGUCAUUAAAACCAGAAGCCCCAUCACUGUCCUCUCUACUAUCGGCCUUCUUGCCUCUAGCAAAACCCAUCCGUCCUCCCACGCCUCCGCUCGAGGAACCAGAAGAAGCUUUGCCUUCGCACGCGCCCAUCGAAUUAGAGAAUCCGCUUCCAUAUUUGCGAUUUAUCACUACGUUUGAGUACGACUCGAGGAUAGAUGUAGGGGAAGAGAUAGGGCACCAGAUUCACUCGAUUAGCAUACGCUCGCCGGAUUCUCUCCUUCAUCUCGAGUUGAAGCUAUCCGCAAACCCAGCCACCCAAAGUGUCACGAAGCUAGAGAUUGCUUCGCUCUCGCCUUGGGCUUCUCACGAUCUGGGCGCGUGGAUCAAGCUGCGAGCGGCGGAGAAUGACAUUGGUGCAGUUUGCUGGGCUACCGAAUCCUAUUAUGACGUUGCCGUCAAGCGUGCGAAGUGCUGGGCGAAGUGCUACAGGAAGUUCGGUCACCUCUUGGACCAUGGCCCGCCGGUGCAAGAUGGGCGAGGCAGCGGCAAGAGAACUGUUCAGCGUGUUGGAACGCAUCAAGAGGUUCCCACGAGCUCGAAUCUCCUAGAAGAGGAGACCGAAGAGGUUUCAGGCAUCGGCAAUGAUGUCGCAGUUGGCGAUCAAGAAGACAGGCGGAUUAAGAGAUUGGAAUUGAUGUACGGACUUGGCCGCGAAAGAAUCAAUCUGCGGAGUAGGCAGGUGUUGUUUAAGGUCUCUUGGAAGAUUCGGUUCGACUGGACUGGCGAGGCGGAGUCGGUGGUUGGUGCAGACGUGGCUCUACCUGGCGUCUGGCGCGAAGCAGAUGAUCGAGGCUCGCUGCGCAAAAUCCCUGCAACGUUUGACAAGCUUGUAGGCGAAAUGGGUGUCUUCGAGGCAACGAAGACUAUGGUCGGGUUGCUUUUCGCCGAAUAA